AUGACGUUAGAAUACCUUAUUGUUCGCCUAAGGAUUGAAGAGAACAACAAGGCUGCAGAAAAGAAGUCUCGUGAAAAUUUAACAAUAAUGGGUGCAAAUAUUGUUGAGGAAGCUUCAACAAGCAAAAAGAGAAAGAAGUCGUCUGGACCAAAGAAUUACCCAAGCAAAAUGAAGUUCAAAGGUAAUUGCCACAACUAUGGUAAGGUUGGACACAAGGCUACUGAAUGUCGUGCACCAAAGAAGGACAAGAAGAAUAGCCAAGGAAACAUGAUUGAGAAGAAUGAUGAAAUAGACGAUUUAUAUGCCAUACUUUCUGAAUGCAGCCUAGUCGGAAAUCCUAGAGAAUGGUGGAUUGAUUCGGGGGCAACUCGUCAUGUUUGUGCUAACAAGGAGUUGUUUACUUCUUAUGCUCCCGCUGGACCCGACGAGAUAUUUUUUACGGCAAACUCCGCUACUGCAAAAAUUGAAGGAACGGGCAAGAUAGCUUUGAAGAUGACUUUUGGCAAGAUUGUGACUCUAAACGAUGUCCUUCAUGUUCCUGAAAUGCGGAAGAAUUUAGCGUCGACAUCACUUCUAGUCAAGAACGAUAACGCUGAAUUCUUGGAGAAUAUUUAUCCGUAUAAAAUGGAAUGUGAGUCGUCUAGUAAAAACUCUAAGCGAUCUCGGAAAGAAACAAAGGAAAGUACUUUUAAUGAGGAAAUCCAAGACGUAGUAAACGUCAAAGGACAACUACUUCCUUUGAACCAGAUUUUCGGCAUUUUUGUUGGAAAAUGA